AUGAUAAUACGAAAGCUGAAGGCGCUGCAAAGCAAGCUUCUGAAACAGAAAGGAUCCCGCAAAGAAACACAGAAAAAAGAAGAGCCACCAGUUGAGCCGCUUUCCGUGGAGGAGUACAUGAACCGGAAGCAGAUGGCAACGGAGAAACGCUACUUUGACAGCGCAGACCACUUUCUGAAGCUGCACGAGAAGGAGCAAAUCCGGCAGAAGGAGCUGGAGUGCGACGCGGAGAAGGAAAAGUCUCUCCAGCCAGCCCCAGCUCCUCUCGAGACUGCAUAUUCAGAAAUAAUCGAUGAAAUGAAGCCAAAGGAGUCGGUGUAG